AUGAUUAAAGAGCCCGAAGAUUUUUGUUCGGUUUACGAGGGCGCCUCCGUAGGUAACUUCAUAUUUCUGGUUCUUAUUACUAUAGGUAUAGUAGGUAGUUAUAUACCACAGUAUCUUCGUAUUAACUUAAAAAGGACUUCAGAAGGUUUAUCUACAAACUUCUUGCUCCUUGGGUCAUGUUCCUCGUUGUUCACCUUCACCAAUAUUAUGUUGGUCUCUUCCAGAGCUAGAGGGUGUUGUUAUGCAGGACAGUUAGCUCUUUUCAACUGUAUCAACUCACAGUUGAAUUUGGUGCAAAUUGGAUUGCAAUGCUUUUGUGCCAUAUUGAUCCUUGUUCUUGUCUUGUUGCUUACUAGGUACUCCAUAAAGCAAGAUCGUGAGGAGUAUCUCAGAAUUGAGAGGGUGGGAUACUGGGUAUUGUUACAUUUCGCUAUUUCUGUACUACAAAUUCUUAUCGGGGUCUACAGUAAAGAUAGAGGUUUACUUAUUAGCAUUGCCAAUGUUAAUGGAUUGUUAUCCACUAUUCUAACCAUGGUCAAAUAUGUUCCUCAAAUCUAUACUACGUAUGUUUUGAAGCAUCCAGGAACAUUGUCAAUUGGUAUGAUGUGCAUUCAAACCCCUGGUGGGGCUCUCUUCACCUUGACCUUAUUUUUGACGAAGGGCUCGCAUUGGUCUUCGUGGAUUUCCUACUUUACCGCAUUUAUUUUACAGGGAUGUUUGUUGACGUUAUGCAUUUACUAUGAAUAUUUUAGAGACCAUGGAUUGGCUGCAGAGUUUGCAGAGCGUAGAGAGGUGGAGAGAAUUGUGGAGGAAAAUGAAAGGGAAGACUCGCCGUUGGUAGGAGCAAGUGAGAGAGAAUGA